AUGGAUAAAAAGAAAAGAGGACGUCAAAAAUCGCUGGUAUCUCGUCUCCAGCUUACACCAGAGAAUACUAAAGUACCACAUAUGGUUGAAGGAAAGUUUAUUAAGCCCGAGCAAGCUUCUAUGGAAGAUGCAAGACCACUGGCAAUUUCAUCUGUGAUUCCAUCUGAGCUUCGCACAGCUGUUUACAGAGCAGAGGGCUCAAAAAAACACAAAGUCAAAGCGGAAGAAGGCAAAAUGGGUUUUGCAUAUGUUUUCUCAAAAAUGCAUAAGGAAAAGAUAAAACCAAUUGUUGGUAAAUGUGCUGAAUUGACUGAAUGGGAUCAGCACCAGAGCAUGGAAUACUCUAAACUGGGAGAUAUGAAUGAUGAGAGACUUUCUUUAGUUCCUCUUCAGGAAGAAUCCAGCUAUACUAGUGAUGUAUCAACUGAUGUUUCCACUGAAUGUAAAGAACCCAUUAUUGACGAUGUAGUAUCUCAUAUUUUGAGACUGAGAGAUAGACUUGGGUGGGAGACAUCAUUACCACGACGUGGAUUUUUAGCUAAAACGGCAAAUUUUCAGAAGAUCGUGUUGCCGAAAGGUGCAUUACAGAAAGAUGAUGGAGAGUUUGUAUAUUGUCUCAUAAGAAGUAGAAAUGACCCCAAAGCAGACUAUGAUCCAUAUGACCUACAAGUAGUCUCUCCAAGUAUGGCCAAACAAAGUAAAGAAUAUUGGACUGUUACAGCUUCAUAUAUAUCCAAGGUAAGCAACAUAGUGUGUGGAAAACAAGAAAUGGAAAUAACACCAGUAAUCGAGUGGUUGUGUGAAAGACAAAUUUAUUAUGCAUUACGAAGUAUCGAUAUGUGUUUUAAUUUCAGAAAGCAUAAAUGUUUUACCACCUGGAAAAGCAAUGUUAAGAGAUCAAAAAUAGAGAACAGCAAAAUGCUGUUGUAUAAACGUUUGUUUCUGGCUGAUGAGAUAUUACAAAAAUGCUUGCUUUAUAUUCAAGCAUUGUGUGAGGACUUGAGUAACACCGAGAAGCACAAAUUGUCAGAAGAUAAAACUAUCAAUUUCAUAAAGAUAGACAUAUCCCACACAUACACUUUGGAUGAAUUUUGUGAGGAACAGUACAAACAAAGUCAACAGGCACUUACUCAGCUACAAGAUUUUAAGGAUAAAGUAAUUAAAGAAAUCCGGGCCUCUUUCUUAAAGAUAGCUGAAAUGAAGGGAGCAGAAAAGCUUUUUCCACAUUUGCCAGAUGAUGCCAGAGAAAAACCAAAACACUAUGAGAUAGCUGGAUGGCGGCACAUAAUGGACGACUUUUCUAGGUUUAUUCAGCUUGUUGACAGAAUGUUUCAAGAACUGCUUCGAAAAUUGGUUCACAAUGCUUUAAACUUUCUUUUGGAGAUACUUGAAGGCUCUAAUAAUAAGUCAGUUCCAACACUGAAGACAAAUGAGGACCUUAUAUGGGCAUAUAAAAAAACAAUUGAGAGAGCAAAUAGCUUAUCGAAUACUGAGAAUAGACAUCAACAGAUGUUUCAAGCCAAUUAUUUUGAAAUAUCGCAGGCAUCAUCACGCCAUUCAAAAGAGCCUGAGCCGCAAGUAGAAAUCACUACUAUUAGUGAUAUAGAGAAGAUACUGGAAGAUGUGAAAAGGCAACUGAGAGGAGAGGAAGAAUAUGUGCCACUAUUUGAAUUAAAUAUAUAUCUUAGAAUUCCUUAUGAAAAGGAACUUUGUCGAAAAUACAUCCAGGAGGAGGAGGAUUAUAUUUCAGAAACCUCAUUAGUACCUUUCAAUGAAACACCAGAAGAUGAAGAUUUGAAACAAUUAUCUCAAUGUGACAGACUAAACAAACAUGAAGAAUCGGAAAAUUCUAUGCUACUCCAGUCAAAUACACCCAACGAUGAAAAAACCAUUUCGAACCUUUUGCCAAUAAAGAGGAAAUACAUUGUUUUCUUAUCUAGCUCUCCAGCAUUCGCUACAGAUUUCUAUCUAGCUCCUAAUAGAAGAGAGUUUUCAAUGCAGUUGCAAGGAAUUGUGGAUGGACUAGAAAACAUUAUUGAUCAAGUUCUGCCAUUUUCUCAAGAUCCCCAGCUGUCGAUCUUCACAACUCAAUCUUUACAUAAAAUAAUGCAGCCUUCCAUGGAUCCUGAGCCAGGACAGUAUUUAGCAACAUGGCCAAAGUGUGAUCUCAUUCUAGGAACAGAUCCAGAUUAUCAAAGCAAAGUUCUGAAGCUUCUGUCUCUUCAAAGUUGUUCACUGGGCCGAGUAGAAUCUUACAGCAGAAACUUUUUAAAUUAUUGCAAUAUGGUUGAUAAAGCAAAAAAUACAACUGACGCUAUAUUUUCACUAAAUAGAGAAAUGUCUACAGCAGAGUUCAGAAACAUUCUGGAAAACUAUACCGCUGAUAUAAAGGAGAUUGUCAUCAGGACAGCAAUUGCAAAGCUGAGCAAAGAACUACUGACAGUGGAUGAAUUCAUUGAACAUUUGCUAUAUCUCCAACAAAUUUCUGAAGAACUACCAAAAAUAAAGAUUCAGUAUAACAGUCUUUCUGAGCUCUACUUCAUUUCGAAAGACUAUGACAUCUUUCUUCCACUUGAGCAACUUGCUCUCUAUCAGACUAUUGUGCGAACACUCCAGAAUCUUCAGUCAACUAUCCUCAUUUGUGAAAAAAUGAAGGAUGAUUAUGUUAUAAAGUUCAAUGAAGGAUUGGCAGAAUAUAUUGACAAUCUUCAGGCUGAACUGAGGGAAUACAAAAACAAAGUACGGAACCCUGUCCUUCUCCUCAGUGAAACUUUGCCUAAGAUGGCUAAUGAGAUUAUUGAAAGCCUAAUAGAAGAAGCAGCUGAUAUUAGUGAGAAAAUACUGAACUAUGCAAAUUACCAGACUAUUUUUGACAGUUCAGUUAGUGAGAUGAAAUCUGCUUCCUUGGAAAAGAUGUCACAUGGAGCUCAGUCCGGAGACUGUCAGAGGGCAACUGCUGAGCUCUCUGAAAUUGAAAGUGAUCUAGUAUUGCUUAAAUUGUUGUGGGAUUCAAGGCAGGAAUGGACUAGGCUUUUUUUUAAUUGGAAACAUGUGAUUUUUUGGAACCUUGAUGUGGAUUUAAUUCAAAGAGAUGUUAACAGAUUCAUGCAGAUUGUACAGAUUCUGGAAAAAGGCUUGCCAGAAAAUACUAUUUUACCAGCUAUGAAGAAAUCAUUGUAUGAGUUCAAGGAAUUUUUGCCUAUCAUUAUAUCUUUACGGAAUCCCCAUCUUCAGCCGCGGCAUUGGGAAACAAUACACAGUAUCGUUAACCAGACAAUUAUUGGGGAUAAAAGACUGACCCUGGAUAAGAUUCUGGAAUUCAAUCUGUUUCAGUAUAGAAAAGAAAUAAAUGAAGUAUCUGUAACAGCGACCAAUGAAGCAACUCUUGAAGCGAUGCUGAAAAAGAUAAUUGACGUUUGGUCCAAAACUGAAUUUCAUUUAUCUCAAUAUCGCACUGAAACAUCAGCUACUUUGAUUAUUUCAUCUGCUGAAGAUAUAAUUGCUUUGUUAGAAGAUUCUCAAGUGACAAUUUCAACAAUGAAAGGUUCUUGUUUCAUUGGUCCAAUUAAGAGUCUUGUGGAUGCUUGGGAUCGUAAACUAAACCUAUUUUCUUGUACUCUGGAGGAAUGGUUGAAUUGUCAAAGGAAUUGGAUUUAUCUUGAGCCAAUCUUUACUGCUCCAGAAAUAAAAAAACAGCUUCCAGAAGAAUCAAAUCUUUUCUCUCAAUGUGAUAGCAAAUGGAAAGAUAUCAUGAAACGUACAGAAGAUCAUCCAAAUGCUCUUAGGGCAGCUACAACACCAGGAGUUUUUGAAACUCUGCAAGCUAAUAACGCACACUUAGAGAAAAUACAGAAGGCUCUCGAGGACUAUCUUGAAGUUAAACGUAUGAUUUUUCCAAGAUUUUAUUUUCUCAGCAAUGCUGAACUUAUCGAAAUAUUAAGUGACAGCAAAAAUCAUGAUGCUGUGCAGCCUCAUCUUGUGAAAUGUUUUGCAAAUAUAAGGAAGUUAUAUAUACGCCCACAAGAACAGAGACCUCCAGUGGUUUUAAUGAUCGGAUCUGCUGAAGGGGAAAUUCUUCUAGUACCAAAGCAUGUUCGUAUUAGAGGUCCUGCUGAAGUGUGGCUAGGAAAUGUUGAAAAUACCAUGUAUGAGAUGGUAAGAAAAUUUAUAUCAGUUGGAAUCGCAGAAUGGACUCAAAUGGAAUUUAAAGAAUGGUUUUUCACUCAUCCAGGACAGGUGAUACUACUUGUGAAUCAAAUAAUGUUUUCUCGUGCGUGUGAAAUAAGUUUGUCAAGUUUGCAUGCAAAAAUGGAGUUGAAAGAAGGCCGUGAUGAUCUGAUCAGCCUUAUAGAGGAGCUAGCAGAGAUAGCAUCAGAUAUUCUUCCCUACCACAAGCAAAGCACAUUGGAGGCAUUGGUUACUUUGUUCAUUCACUGUAGGGAUGUAAUGACUGGACUGAUAGAUAAUGAUAUUUGUAGCGCUGACGAUUUUGCAUGGACAAGGCAGUUGCGUUAUGAAUGGCAUGAGGUCAACCCCUGUAAGGUUAUUCAAGGUUAUGCCUCUUUUGAAUAUGGUUUUGAAUAUCUGGGCUGCUCUCCGAGAUUGGUUAUUACUCCUCUCACAGAUCGAUGUUGGCUAACCGUUACUGGAGCUCUUCAGUUGAAUUUGGGGGGCUGUCUUUCUGGUCCAGCUGGUACAGGAAAAACAGAGACUGUCAAAGAUCUUUCAAAAGCCUUGGGGAAACUGUGUCUUGUCUUCAACUGUUCUGAAGGUUUGGAUGAUAAGGUUAUGGGGAAAUUAUUAUGUGGAUUAGUUCAGUCUGGAGCAUGGUGUUGUUUUGAUGAAUUCAACAGGAUUGAUGUAGAAGUUCUUUCAGCAAUUGCAUCACAGAUUCAGGCAAUCAAGGCAGCUAAAGAUAGUUGCGCUGUCAGAUUUCUAUUGGAAGGAAAAGAAGUUCGACUGAAACCAUUCUGUGCAAUUUUUAUUACCAUGAAUCCUGGAUACAAAGGUCGUGUAGAACUCCCAGACAACUUAAAAUCAUUAUUUCGCCCCGUCUCAAUGAUGGUACCAGAUUAUGAACUCAUUGCUGAAAUAAUGUUGUGUUCAGAAGGUUUCAGGUCGGCAAAAUCACUCUCAGAGAAGAUAGUAAAUCUUUAUCAUCUUUCUAGCAAGCAGCUUUCACGCCAGGAUCAUUAUGAUUUUGGUAUGAGAGCCGUAAAAACUGUGUUAAUAAGGGCUGGUCAGAAGAGGCAAGAGUUAAAAACACAGUAAUUUUCUACAUCAGAAGAAACCCUCAUCAUAACUACUGUCCUGAGAGAAGUUAAUUUACCAAAGUUUCUUGCUGAGGAUGUCCCACUGUUUGAGGGCAUCCUGACAGAUCUUUUCCCAGGGAUGAAAGUUCAAAAAGUAAAGCGUAGACGACUGGAGAGUGCAAUAUCUGCUGCAAUACAGCAUUUAUGUUUGCAGACAUGGGAAAAUCAGAUAGAGAAAGUUAAACAAUUUUACAACCAAAUUAUGGCUUCUGUUGGUGUAAUGCUAGUAGGCCCUACAGGCGGUGGGAAAACUACCAUCAGAACAAUUUUAGAAAAAGCCAUGGUAAUCUUGCCAUUAGCAGAUACAGAAAGCCAUUCAAAACUUGAGGCUAUAUUUCAGAAUUCUUCAAAGAAAGGCAAAAUAGACACCUUUGUUUUAAACCCAAAGUGUGUUAGUCUUGGUGAACUUUUUGGGCAGAUGAAUCCUAAUACAAUGGAGUGGUCGGAUGGCCUGUUAUCAUCAGCAGUUCGAGCGUUUGCCAAACUUUCAACAAAAAAACCUAAAAAGAAAGACGCAAGCACUACAAGAGCAGAAAUGCAGGACUUGUACACUCUGAAUACAGUGAAUCUCGCUGAUGCAUCCCUAAAAAAUGAAGCACUGUGCUCAAGAGAAAAUAUUCACAGUGACAGUAUUACUGACUGGCAAUGGAUUAUCUUGGAUGGGCCAGUAGACCCAGUUUGGAUAGAAAAUUUAAAUUCUGUGCUAGAUGACUCCAGAGUGUUAUGCCUUCCUAAUAGUGAAAGAAUCUACUUAUCACCAGGAAUCAGAAUGAUAUUUGAAGUGGACAGCCUCUCUCAGGCCAGCCCUGCUACUGUUAGUAGAUGUGCUAUGGUUUACGUGGAUCCAGUUGAUCUGGGAUGGGAACCAUAUGUCAGUACAUGGUUAGAAGGCUUUUCUGAACUAUUGGCACAAAAUGAUAUUGAGUACUUAUCAAGUUUAUUUCACUCAAGUGUAAAAAAAGGGAUGGAUUUUCUGAAUGAACAUAAGAAAAUGCAACCAUUCCCUAUACAUCAGAUGGGGAUUGUAAUGAAUAUCUGCAGAAUUCUUGAUUCAUUUCUUCAAAUAAUAGUGCAAAAGGAUACAUUACAACAACCCGAAAGAAGAAUGCAAAGCUCAAUUACUUUGUCACCAACAAUGAUGAAAGCAGCUCGUAGGAUAUCAGAUGAAGCAGUAAGCAGUGGAAUAGUCCCAUCUGUGUUGAAGAAAAGGCCAGACCAAAUAUGGUUUUGGGAGAAGCAACCUAAUAAUAUGGUGAUAAUGUUGGGGAAGCUUUAUAUUUUUGCAUUUACCUGGGCUGUUGGAGGAAUUUUAAAACGAGAAGAAGAACAUGAGGGUGAGACUCUAAUUGGUAUAUACACCAGCCACGAUGAUCUUGUGACUGUAACCCAAGACUUCAAUUACCUUGUUCGUGAGAUAUUUGAAAGACAACCACCAGCUAAUAUUCAGUUUCCAACUGACAACAAAACUGUUUUUGAUUAUUUUGUGGAUUUACGAACAGGAGAAUUUGAACCAUGGGCAAAUUUAGUUCCUACCACACAGUUUCUUAUUCAGAAGGGUAAGAAUCACGUCCAUGGAAAAAGCUAUGGACAAAUAAAUAAAACAACCUAUUUAUUAUAUUUAGGAGACCCUAGUAGUGGAAAGACAACAAUGAUUGAGAGCAUGCUUCAAAAACUUCAGAGACAAGGUGGAUUAAGGAUAAGAAUGGGAACUAUUUUAGGAGAUGUCUUUUAUUACAGAGAAACAACAAAAACCAGGGGUGGAGCAAAUAGAGAUAUGGAUAAGCCCUUUGGCGGUGAUGGAGUUCCUGCCCCUCGUCCUUAUCCUCCUGUGUCAACCCUGAGCUCGCCAAGAGAAGAGCCUGAUCUGGAAGAAACAUGUACGAGUGGUGCUAUUAUUUCUACGCUGCAGUUGAGUGCUCAUACCAGUGCUGCCCAAACAAAGGCUUUGAUUCUUCAGAAAUUAAUACUAAAAAGUAAAGAUACCCUGGGUGCUCCACAAUUUAAACAGGUUUUACUGUUUAUUGAUGAUCUGAAUGCACCUAUAGCAGAAGAGUAUGGGUCACAGCCACCACUUGAGCUCAUUAGACAGUUUAUUGAUCUAGGAGGUUUUUAUGACACGGAGCAGCUUACAUGGAAGAAUGUCCAGGAUGUUGCUAUGGUUGCCACUUGUACACCGCCCAGUGAAGGAAGUAAUGAGAUUAGUGCUCGUCUUCUGACAUGUUUCUGCACAUUAUAUUUGCCUGUAACUUCUUUACAAUCCUUACAACGUAUUUUCCAGGUGCGACUAGGAGCAUACUUGUAUAUCAAGAGAUUCAUGGCUGAAGUUCAGAAAUGCAAAGAUAAUUUAACAUGUGCCUCUAUUGCUGUGUACUAUAGAAUGCUUCAUAAAGUGCGUCCAACUCCAGUUAAAUGCCAUUACACGUUUAAUCUACGGGAUCUUUUUAAGGUACUUGAAGGAUUACUCCAAGCUCACAAGUCUGUAAUUGUCUCAAAAGAAUCAAUAGUGUUGCUAUUUGUACAUGAAUGCACCCGAGUUUUCCAUGAUCGUCUGAUUGAUUCUCCAGAACGGGAAGCUUUCUUUCAAAUUCUAUCAAAUGAGCUCAAUAACUAUUUCAAGAUUCCCUGGACAAAAGAUCAGUUGAUGGAAGAACCGCCCCUAUUUGUGGAUUUUCUGGAUACAAACCAGCCUGCGCACAAGAGAGUCUAUAGAAACGUCACCAACAAGACACAUCUACUUUGGGUCCUAGAAGAACAGUGCAUUAAAAUGCAGGGAGUAAGCCCUCAGGUAAAAUCUGAAGACCUACAAGUGGUUACAAUGAGGUCGUUGCUGUCACCAUUUAGGGAAUGCACCAGGUUCGACGACGGCAACCAGCCCCCCACGGACAGGCUGGAACACGGGGGACCACAACCACUCAAUGUGGCCACGGAGAUCCUAGAUUCCCGGUGGGGAGGGGGAGGUCUGGAGUAUCUCAUGGCAUGGGAGGACACCCCACCUUCCCCAAAUGCAUGGGUGCCAGCUACGGAGGUGCAGGAGGAAUUCUUAGUGGAAGAGUUCCACGCCCUAUUUCCGCACAAGCCCAAGCCAUGGCACAUGGAGAGGGAAGCCACUGCAGAGACAGAUGGCGAGGGGGAGGACCCCUCAGAGGGGGACAGCACUGGGAGCUCCCCAUGGCAGUGGGAAGCGGGUUUUGAGGAGCAGGAAGAGGAGGGGUGGUUUUACAAGCGCCCCAGAGCGGGUUCGCCAGUCGAGGACUGGGAGCAAAUUUUCACCCCCACGAACUCGGAUGCCACUGACUUCGGUAUUUCCAUAGUAUUUUUUAAAGAAGCAAUACAACAUAUAACAAGGGCAGCAAGAAUUUUUCGACAAGAUGGUAGUCACAUGACAUUGGUUGGUCAUGGUGGAACUGGGAAGGUAACCUGUGCAUCCUUAGCCUGUUACUUAUCUGCAUGCAGCCUCUACAGGUUAUCUAUUUCCCGUAAUUACACCUAUGGAAAUUUUAGAGAAGAUCUGAAACACGUUUGUAAGCAGGCAGGUGUGGAAGGCAAGAGGACUGUUUUUCUCAUCACAGAAUCUGAUAUGAUUCAAGAUGCAUUUUUAGAAGACCUGAGUUGUAUCCUGAAAUCAGGACAAGUGCCCAAUUUAUUUGAGAAGGAUGAGCUGGAUAACAUCAUGGUACCACUUGUAUCUGUUGCUGAAAAGGCUAAGUACUCUAACACAAUUGAUGAUAUCUACGCAUUUUUCUUACAGAAAGUACGCAGCAAUCUUCAUAUUGUUUUGACAACAAGUUAUGCAGGACUGACCUUCCGUCAGCGUUGUCGGACAUAUCCUGCCACUAUUAAUUGCUGUACAGUUGACUGGUAUGACACUUGGCCUGAAGAAGCCCUUUGCCAUGUUGCACAAAGUUACUUUAAACAUGACAACUCAUUUCAGAAUCAGGACUUAAGUGUGCUUGUUCAGAUAUGUGUUAAUAUUCAUAAAAAUGUAUCUAUCAUAACUGAAAAGUACUUGAAGGAAACUAAAAGGCAUUACUACAUCACUCCCAAUAGUUAUCUACAGUUCAUAAACACCUUUUCAACCAUACUGAAGUCAAUGAAAGAGAAAAUUAUGAGUGACAGAACUUGCUAUCAUACUGGUCUCACCAAAAUACUAGAAGCAACCUCACAGAUUAUAGUUAUGCAAAAUGAGUUACUUGUCCUUGGUCCUCAAAUAGAGAAAAAAUCAAAGGAAAUAGAGGAACUUGUGGAAAAGCUUCACAAAGAUGCAUUAGUUGUGGAGCAAGUUCGAGCUAUUGUUCAACAGGAUGAAGAAAUUAUGGCUGCAGAAACACGCACUGUGGAAGAAUAUGCACAGCAAGCAACAGAAGAGCUCAGUGCUGUAAUGCCAACUUUGGAAAAAGCUGUCGCUGCUCUUGAUGCACUUGACAAAAACCACAUUGCAGAAGUUAGAGUGUAUGCUCGCCCUCCUCCACUUGUACUUACUGUUAUGAAUGCAGUUUGUGUCCUUCUUCAAAAGAAACCUAACUGGGCAACAGCAAAAUUACUGCUUUCAGAUCCUGGGUUCCUAAAGAGGUUGGUUAAUCUAGACAAAGAUAAUCUACCAGAAAAGGUGCUUCUGCAGUUGAAAAAAUAUGUAAGGCUGCCUGAUUUCAACCCUUUAAAAGUAGGACUUGUGUCUGUUGCCUGCUGCUCCAUGUGUCAAUGGGUUUUAGCUUUAGAUAACUAUCACGUUGUAAAAAAGUUUGUAGAGCCAAAACAAUUGAAGGUAGCUGAAGCAGAGGAGCUACUAAAACGUGCAUAUGAAAAAUUGACUGAUAAACAAAGAAGUUUAGUGCUGAUUGAACAACAUCAGCAAAAUUUAGAAAGAAGGUUUGGAGAAAGUAUUGCUGAGCAAGAAAUGCUAGCAGCUAGAAAAGAUCAAGCAACACGCCGUUUACACUGUGCAUCCGUGUUAAGCACAGCUCUGAAGGAUGAAAUGGAACGCUGGAAAGAAUCUGUUAAUAAUUUCGAUCAAAGGUUGGAGGGAAUCGUGGGUGAUGCCUUUGUUUCAGCAGCGUGUAUUGCCUAUAGUGGAGUAUUAUCAGCAUCAUAUCGUCAGCAACUAGUGAAUGACUGUCUGAAACUCUGCAAAGAAAGCAAUAUUCCAGUAUCUCCAAAUUAUUCGCUAGUAAAUUGCAUGACAGAAAAAAAUGAGGUUCGCAAGUGGCAAAAUGCAGGCUUGCCACUUGACCAGUACUCUACAGAAAAUGCUAUACAUAUUAUGUAUGGACAACGUUAUCCUUUGUUAAUUGAUCCAGAAAGACAAGCGUACAAAUGGAUAAGUCAAAUGAGUGGUAAACUACGCCAAAUUCGUGUUACGGAUGCUCAUUAUUUUAGAACACUUGAAAACUCUAUGCGUCUUGGUGAAUCAGUCCUACUACAGGAUUUCAGUGAAACACUGGAUUCAAAUAUGAAGCCAAUCUUAAAAAAGGAAAUCUACAACAAAUCAGGGCAAGACUUCAUUAGAAUAGGAGAUUCUGAAAUUGAGUGCAACCAAAACUUCAGAUUAUACUUGACAACACAAAAACCCAACCCUCAUUUUCUGCCAGCAAUAUGCAGUAUUGUGACAAUGAUAAAUUUCACUGUAACAUUUGAAGGUUUGCAAGAUCAGCUUUUAUCUACUGUUCUAAUUAAGGAGAAACCAGAGGUUGAACACCGGCGUUGUGGGUUGCUAGAAAGCAUAGCUGCUGACCUAAUAACACUUCGUGAACUGGAACAAAAGUCACUUAGGCUUCUCCAAAAAACAGAUGGACAUAUUCUAGAUGAUGGAGACCUUAUUGACAAUUUGCAAAGAUCUAAAAUCACCUCAACAGAAAUUUUUGAGCGUGUUGAAGCAUCUGCAGCAACAGAAGUUAAAAUAGAGGCACUGCGUGAAAGCUAUCUUCCUAUUGCAACUCAUGGUGCCAUCCUCUACUUUGUAGUAUCAGAUCUUUCUCAUAUCAACUAUAUGUAUCAGUUUCCCCUGGAGUGGUUUCAUAAGAUCUUUGAAGACUCUGUAGAGUACAUGCUCAAAUUAAAAAUUGGAGUUUCAUUGAGUUCCACAAGAAUUUUUAAGCCUCGGCCAGUUUUUAGGACUCAAUCAGAGAGACUUCCCAUCAAGCUUCCCCCCAUAGAAGAUGAGGACAAAACAGAGAGUAUCGCAGACAGUUUCCAAGGACAUAUUAAUGCUAUAAUAGAGAAAUUAACAAAAAACGUUUAUAAGGUAGUUUCUUCAGCUCUGUUCAGUGAGAAUCAGCUAUGCUUUGCUUUUCUGAUGUGUACAGCAAUUAUGAAAAAUAAAUAUGAUGGAAAUCUACUUACUAACAAGCUUGGAUUUAUACCAGAGAAUCAGUGGAACUUCUUCCUUCAGUCUAGCAUAAUGGCAAAUAUUAUGGACACACAGGACUCUGAGACUUUUGGUUCACGUGCAUUCAAGAAAACUCCUCCACUCCAUUGGAUUACUGACAUGAUGUGGAAAGAAUGCAGGUACAUGAGCACUCGCAUGCCAGCAUUCAGCCUCUUGUGUGAUUCCCUUUCAACAAAUUCUCAGCAAUGGAGAGCUUUUCUAAAUAGUCAGGAUGUAUAUAAUUUGAUCAGUACAGGCUAUAGACCAGUGUCAUCAAGGCAUGACCCAAAAUUAGAAGUACUGAGAGAAAGUGAUGAUGAGGAGAGUGGACCUUGCAUUUUCCCUUGGGAGAAACUUUCUGCAUUUGAAAGACUUAUUUUGAUAAAAGUUCUUCGAUUAGAAAGCUUAACUAGUGCAGUACAUGCAUUUGUAGCUGAGAAAUUGGGGGAUUACUAUCUUCAGAUUGAAGGAAUUAAUUUGAAAGCAGUAUAUGAAGAAGAAUCUAAUGCCAUAACUCCAAUAAUUCUCAUUCAUACUCAAGGUGUGGAUAUUGCAGCUCUCCUUCUACGCCUUGCCCAGGAAAUAAAAGGAAGUACACAGCAUGUGAAAAUGAUAUCUCUGGGACGUGGUCAAGGGAGCAAAGCUGAAGAUUUGAUAUAUAAAUCAAGUAUACUGCAGGGACAGUGGGUAUUCCUCCAGAAUUGUCAUCUUGCAGCUUCGUUCAUGCCCAGACUCUGCAAAAUUGUUGAAUCAUUUACUCGAUCACAGACAAAUAUAGACCCCAAGUUUAGACUCUGGUUAAGUUCAACACCAGAUCCAUCUUUCCCUGUACCUAUCUUGAGGAAGGGCCUUAAGAUUGUAAUAGAACCUCCCCACGGACUAAAGGGAACACUGCUUCAAACAUUUGGAGUAAGUGGUACUGAAAUAGUAACAGAAGCUGUAUUCAACACCACCACCUGUGGGCCAUCAUGGAAAAGGUUACUGUUCAGUCUGUGCUUCUUCAGUGCUGUAGUUCAUGAAAGAAAGAAAUAUGGAGCUUUGGGCUGGAACAUUCCAUAUGAAUUUAAUUCUUCAGAUUUAGAGAUUUCGAUCCAGGUGCUGGAGAUUCUUCUUAGGAAUCAAAAGAAGAUUCCUUGGGAAGCACUGCGUUAUAUGACUGGUGAAGUAACAUAUGGAGGCCGUGUAACUGAUAAUUGGGAUCGUCGGUGCAUUCUUAACAUUUUGGAUAAUUUCUAUAACCCUUCUGUAUUGCAGAAGGACUUUGCUUACACUAUUGAUUGGGUAUAUCAACCCAUAUCUGAAAAAGAUACUUUGAAAGACUGCAGAGCCUAUCUACGAUCUCUUCCAGAGAGCGAUUCUCCAGAACUCUUUGGAAUGCAUCAUUGUGCAGAAAGAGCAUACCUAAAGUCUCAAGCACAGUUAUUUAUUGAGUCAGUUGCCAGGACUCAACCAGCAAUGACUACAGACACUUUCAUCAUCAGUGGCAGAAAGACUCAGGAUGAAAUAGUAUUGGAAAUAGCAUCUGGCAUUCAAAUCAGGCUACCACUGACUGUAGAAGAUAUGGAACAGACACCUGAAACUGAACUCAAAGAAAAAGUUACAUUUGAAAGCUUCAGGUCAAGCUCAGUUUGGGCUGCACUUGCAAAGGUUGCAAAAGGUCCUAGUUCUUUUAUGAGUUCAACUUUGCUAAAUGUCUUACAUCAGGAGAUUAAAAUGUAUAAUCAUUUAUUAUCCAUAAUAAUGCAGUCAUUACAUGGACUUCAACAAGGUAUCAAAGGCGAGAUUAUCUUCACCACAGCACUAGAAGAGCUUUAUGAUUCAGUAUUGAAAAACAAAGUUCCUGAACUGUGGCAGCAACAUUCCUAUAAAUCACUUAAACCUCUGGGAUCCUGGAUUGAUGACCUUGUUUUACGAGUGACUUUCUUUUCCAUGUGGGCUAAACAAGUUAUCACCUUUAUGGAAUCAAGGCAUCAGUAUUUAGUGGUACUUCAGAAGCUAACCAAAACAACUUUGCAACCUGGUGAGGAACUUGACAUCUUUGAUGGCAGCUCUCAGGUACACCCCAGCUGCUUUUGGCUUCCAGCUUUCUUCUUUCCACAAGGAUUUCUUACUGCAAUUCUUCAGAAUUAUGCUCGGCAGGAAGAAUUGCCAGUGGAUUCUCUUAAUUUUAUCCACAAAGUUCUUCCAUUCGUUCAGGAUGAAGAUCAGAGUUUUAGAUUUUUCAGUGCAAAAGAAGCUAUAAUAAACAAAGCAUUUAAGAUGGCCUCCCAUGCAAGACUCCAUCUUCUAGAGGAGGAAGAAGUCUGGCUACUUUAUGAAUGUCCACUAUACAGGACACCUGAAAGAUCAGGAACACUGUCCUCUACAGGUAUAUCAACUAAUUUUAUAACAGUAGUUAACCUACCAAGUCUUAUAGCACCCAGCCACUGGAUAACAAGAGGUGUUGCAUUGUUAUGCCAACUAGAUGACUGAGAAGAUUAAAAAAAUA